GCAAACCAAUUCUUUCCGCUUCGCUUCCUUGCUUGUAGACGCUUUCGCCGUACUGGAUUUUGUAGCCUGAUUAAUCAAUAACUAAACAGCUGUCGGAGCAUUCGCCGUCAAUAUCAUUUUGUGCUGCUACUCGGCAAACCAGACGGACGUGUUUGCACAUAAACUUUGUUGAAUCAAUACAGCUACAUGCGAAAGCAUCAAUACAGAUACAUCGAAAGAUAUCCAGAUCGAGUAGAUAUGCUACUCACGCUGAUGGAAUUUUGGUCCCGACUUCACUCACUGAAUGAGAACAUCAGCGAACUGCUGCAUGAAUUGCGCCGUGAAAAUGCCCGGAUGGCAGCGGAGGCUGCCGCCGUGGAUGCUGCCGCUGCGAAUGGGGGCCCCAUUGUAGAGUUCCCUCCGGAUACCGACGACAAGCCGGAGGAGAAGCACCAGCAGUCGGAGGAGGACGACACAGAGGAGGGCGCCACCGGCGGCCAGCCCCGCUAGUCAGGGCAGCUGGAGCCACGUGGGAAAGGCGAUUUGUGCGCAGCGACUUCUUGGCCAUCCACCUAACGGCAACACAGCAAGGCAGCUCACAGGAAGAGUCGAGCUAUUUUAAUUUUGAAAAUGGAUUAUGCAAAGUUGACUUUUGUUACUCAUUGUUAGAGAAAUAAAUAU